AUGCUCAUUGCCUUUCUCGCCAAUUUUCAAUUAGACACCGAUUACCCUAGCCUAAUUGUAUUAGGGUUGAGCCAAAGAGUUGUAUCUAUGUUGGACAAGAUGAAAGGCAAGAGGAUUACACAAUUAUCGCAUCAAACGGUGCGGCACGUGAUUAUUGGCACAGCCUUUGUGACUGAAAAGGUUGCAAAAGAAGUUUGUGAGCUUAGUUUGCAAUUUCCUAAAGCAAGUAUCAAUUGGAGUAGCUCCUUGCUAUGUGCAGACAACAUGGCGUAUCUCGUUGAACAAAUGUUUAGGUUCAGUCAUGUUAUGCCAAAAGGAUUCAUAGGGAUACUUUGGACUCCUAAAUCUAUCAAGUACAUGGAGCCCAUACAACUGAAAUAUUUGGUUGGUGAGAAAGGCAAUGAGCAUACUGUAAAGCUUGUCAAAUACUAUUCCGAUGCUGAACUAAUGCAAUUGAUGACAAUUUAUCGUGGUAAGAACUGCUUCUAUUUUUACUAA